GGCGGUGCUCCCCCCGUGCCCUCCCGAUGCCCCCCCGGUGCCGCGGGGACUGAGCGGCGGCGGCGCAGCCUGCCCCGGUGCGGAGCCAUGCGGAUCCUGACGUGCCCCGGGCAGCUGCAGCGCCUGGAGGAUGCCCUGCGGAGGAGCCUGCCCGCCUCCCUGCCGGUGCUGGGGGCCGUGAUGACGGUGGCACGGGGGAACCCGGCCGCCCACCAGGUGCUGGUGGACUCGUGGCCCGAUUUCGCCGUCGUCCUCACCCGCCUGCGCCCCGAGGAGCAGGCGGACCCCGGGGACUUCUACGCCAACCAGCUGGCCGUGUUCUACCGCGAGGAGGGCGCCUGGCGGGCGCUGCUGGGGAGCUCCGAGGCCGUGGACUGGAGCCGAGCCUUCCAGAUGCAGGGGAUGCAGGACGGGGUGCACGAGGCCGUGUGCCAGGCGGCCGCGGCCAAGGGGCUGCGGAUGAAGACCUUCCAGUACCGAGCGAUGCUGAGCCCUGAGCCGCCCCGGCCCCGUGCGCAGUGAGUGGGGAGGGGAGGGCACAAAGGUCCCCG